GACGCGGCGAUGGAGGGAGUCAGCAGCCACCCGACCCUGUCCUACAGCCGCUGGAGCUACGACGGUGUCUUAGAUGAUGAGGGCAGCAACCUGAGGCAGCAGAAGCUUGACCGGCAGCGAGCCCUGCUGGAGCAGAAGCAGAAGAAGAAGCGCCAGGAGCCCCUGAUGGUGCAGGCCAAUACAGAUGGGCGGCCCCGGAGCCGGCGGGCUCGGCAGUCAGAGGAGCAAGCCCCCCUGGUGGAGUCCUACCUCAACAGCAGUGGCAACACCAGCUACCAAGUUCAAGAAGCCGACUCACUUGCCAGUGUGCAGCUGGGAGCAGCCCGCCCACCAGCACCAGCCUCAGCCAAGAGAACCAAGGCAGCAGGUGCAGCAGGGGGCCAGGGCGGGCCCUCUAGGAAGGAGAAGAAGGGAAAGCACAAAGAUGUAACUCAGGAGUGUCCGUGGCCUGCAGGCACCAGUGGGCCAGCAACACUGGCAGAAGACAAGUCUGAGGCCCGAGGCCCGGUGCAGAUCCUGACUGUGGGCCAGUCAGACCACACGCAGGACGCAGGGGAGACGACAGCUGGUGGGGGCGCACAGCCCAGCGGGCAGGACCUCCGUGCCACGAUGCAGAGGAAGGGCAUCUCCAGCAGCAUGAGCUUUGAAGAGGAAGAGGAGGACGAGGACGAGAACAGUUCUAGCUCCUCCCAGCUGAACAGCAACACCCGCCCCAGCUCCGCUACAAGCAGGAAGUCCAUCAGGGAUGCAGCCUCAGCUCCCAGUCCAACUACCCCAGAGCCACUGGUGGAUGUCGAGGUCCAGGAUCUUGAGGAGUUUGCACUGAGGCCAGCCCCCCAGGGUAUCACCAUCAAAUGCCGGAUCACACGGGACAAGAAGGGGAUGGACCGGGGCAUGUACCCCACCUAUUUCCUGCACCUGGACCGCAAUGAUGGGAAGAAGGUGUUCCUCCUGGCGGGAAGGAAGAGAAAGAAGAGUAAAACUUCCAAUUACCUCAUCUCUGUGGACCCAACAGACUUGUCUCGAGGAGGGGACAGCUACAUCGGGAAACUGCGGUCCAACCUGAUGGGCACUAAGUUUACUGUUUAUGACAAUGGAAUCAACCCUCAGAAGGCCUCAUCUUCUACUUUGGAAAGUGGAACCUUGCGUCAGGAGCUAGCAGCUGUGUGCUAUGAGACAAAUGUCUUAGGCUUCAAGGGACCUCGGAAGAUGAGCGUGAUUGUCCCUGGCAUGAACAUGGUUCAUGAGAGAGUCUCUAUCCGCCCCCGUAACGAGCAUGAGACACUGCUAGCACGCUGGCAGAAUAAGAACACAGAGAGUAUCAUCGAGCUGCAAAACAAGACACCUGUCUGGAAUGAUGACACACAGUCCUACGUACUAAACUUCCAUGGGCGCGUCACACAGGCCUCUGUGAAGAACUUCCAGAUCAUCCAUGGCAAUGACCCGGACUACAUUGUGAUGCAGUUUGGCCGGGUAGCAGAGGAUGUGUUCACCAUGGAUUACAACUACCCACUGUGUGCACUGCAGGCCUUUGCCAUUGCCCUGUCCAGUUUCGACAGCAAGCUGGCCUGUGAAUAGAGGCCUCCUGUGCCCUUUGGGGUUGCCCAGCCUGGAGUGGAGCUUGCCUGCCUGCCUGCGGAGACAGCCCUGCCUACCCUCUGUACAUAGGCCUUCUGCCAGAUGAAGCUUUGGCCCUCAGGGGGCUCCCUGGCCCAGCCAGGCAGGAACUGACUUCUCUGCCUGUGCUGCUGAGGCAGGGAGGGGAAUAAGGGUGGAGUGGGUGGGUGUGAAGGGACAAGAGUAAUUCUUUCUGUGCCCCAAGAUCAAUGCACACCCCACUCUAGGGUUGGUAUUGUGCUACAGCUGUGUUUGCCAAGCUGAGCAACCUCUUCAUCUGGGAAGGCCACAGAGGCAUAGAGACAGAGGAAGCACAGUGCAGGGCUGCUGUGGCCCAGCCAUCCACUCAUAGCCCAGGAGUCAGAUGACAACAGGUGCCCCAACAGGCAGGGGCACAGUGAGUGAGUACAUACAUAUGUGAACAUGUGUGUAGGGGACAUCAACUUUAUGUAGCAAAGGGCUUUGUGGCCGAGCUGGCUGGCCCUUACAAAUACAGAAAGCCCUCCAACUUCAGAAGGACCCAGCCAGGCCUGAGAGAAGUAGGGAGUAGAGGGGACAGGGGAGAGGCAAGACCUUGCCAGGAUUGCAGGGGCGUGGCUAUCUGUGGCUAUGGGAAUCAGCUGAUGGCCUAGGGUUCUAGCUCAUUUCUCUAGGUUUGCUCUGUGUUCACAUAGGCAGUGGGAAUCUGGCUCUCAAAGCCAAAUGUCUUAGUGGACAGGACCUGCAGGACACAGUCUCAGCAUGCAAGAGGUGCAUGAACAGGCUCCCUGGAUCAGAGCUGUACUGGGAGCACUGUCAACUGCCCCAGGAGCUCACUGCUGAGCAGUCCCAGCACAAACCCCAGGAAACGUAGAUGGGUCCCGGGUCACCAGCCCCAGACUGCACACAGCUAGGCAUGCCUGAGGCUCUUGCUGGCAACACACUAUUCUCAAGCCAUGGCAUGCUCCAGGAAGACUCUCUUCUCUCUUGGGAAAGACCCAAUUCCGAGUGCUCUUGAAUGUGUUUCACCUCCCACUACUGUAAGCCAAGUCGUGGUUGGUGAGGGCUUCUGUUUGUGGUUCUUGGGAGGGAAUGGGACAAGGUGAGGAGAGAAGGGAAUAUUUUAGAACCACAGGAGAUCAGAGGUGGUAGAACCCUUAGGGGAUCAGCUAGUACAACCUCAUCCCUUUAGGUGAGUCACACGCAGAAAAUGGGACUCACCCUGGGUCACCUAGUUGCUUAAUGGCAGAAUUCAGAACCUCAAGUUCCUUUGAUUUCUUUCUUCCCACUGUCCUCCAAGAAAUUGGUAUCUCCAGCUCUCUGGCCUCCUGGGGCCUAUUCUACCUGCCCUCCCCUCUUCCCUUGAUUCUAGAGACUUAAAAUUGAUGCAUAAGGUUGAAAGCAUUUCAGUAGGAAAUUGGGCAGUUCUCUGCUGAAAUUUGUCUGGCCUUUUGCAAGUCAGUCUGAUCAGGAUUGGCCUUUGCUUGGCCCCUCCUUGUGGGCUGCUCAGCCAUAAGCAGGCCUUAGCAAGGCUGCUGCACAUUUUUCUGUGUAGCUGUGAUACAGCGAGCAUGAAUGUUCUGGGGCUGGUCCUGAUCCCUUCCCCCACUGUUACUUCUCCUUGGAUGGCACCAUCCACCCUGCAGGCCUGAGAACUCUAAGCUUUUCCCACUUGUCAUUUACCUUGGCAAAGACGUCUUGUCCAGAUGGACAUCAGAAAUGAGCAGGGAGCAAGCUGGGGUUGUACCUUGCUUUAGUGUAAAUAUGGUUGCAAAGGCUAAGUAGAAAUUGAUUUUUUUAAAGAAAUAAAAGUCAUACUUUAAACACACUAGUGAGGCCCUAUAGGUGAAGAAGUUGUUUUGACUUAAGUGGAAGAAGUAUGCUCUCAUUUCUUUGUAAUCUAGGUUUUCCUAUGUUGAAUGCUUAAAGCACGGCACACCUGUUCUAGCAGGAUCUGCUCAUACAUCUCUGAGAGGCCCCUCCGAUGGAAGACUGUUGGCCUCUGCUUUCUUUUUUAGCAUACAGAAGAGGGAGUUGACUGGAUAUUUGGUAGGGUCAAGAAACGUGGGCUGAGCUUUCUAGCCUGGGUGUGGAGAAGGGUAGCCUCAGCAACAAAACUCUCUGAGUGGUAAGCAAAAGCAGAUAAGUCACCUUGCUUGAGACCCAGCCGUACAAGGUCUGCUCUUAAGACUCCACUCCAGGUGAUACUGGUUUUCCCUGGCCACCAGCCCUGCGUCCAUUGGCCCAAGUACUCACCAAGCUGCCAGGGCCCCUGGAGACCACCUGGGUUCAGCCUCUCCCAUAGUGAGAGUUCUUGCCCAUCACACCUUCUACCCAGAUAGUCCUUGAUUGGUCAGGGAAUGAGUGAUGGAAUCAGCACUCUCCUAAGAGUGUUGGGCAGCUGGGACCUUAGACAGCUCCUCUGUAACUCCUCCUGGGGCCACACCCCAAAACUUUACACCCUUUGCCCCCAAAUAGUUCUUUUGCAGAGUGAUGAAGUUCACUUCCACAGAUCUUCUCCAAGUCUAGCUUUUCUUUCCUUCUGGCUCCAAGGUGCUCUGUGUCUGUCUGUCUGUGUCUGCAUAUCUCUGUGUGUAUUUGGGGGAAAGGGCAAUUAGCAAUCAACUGAGGGUUCUUAUGAUCAUAUUGCUAAGGAUGAGUAGGAAAGGAGUACGGAUGUAGUUCUGAUCACCUAUGGAUUGUCCAUUUCAUGCUCUUUGAACAGAAAGUAUACCUGAGAAAGAAAUGACCAGCUCUUUCUCCCAAGGUUCUGAGUGGGAGGUCACCAUCCAAGAAAGUUGUUAGUUUUUCGAAAUCAGUGUAUCACAUGCAUGCUUUUGGAUGAAUUUGAACAUAUUCUAGUGAAUGUGCCUUAAAACUCGCAACAUUAGUUCAGAGGAAGCAAGUAAGGUCCAGACCCAUGGCAAGGACAGGUGUCGGAAGCCAGAGAGUGUUAUAAUGACAGGCUAGAAGAGAACUUUUGGUGCCUACAUCCUUCAGUGACAGGGUAACAAGCAUGUAGAAGCGGAAGUUUUUUUCUUUCAGAAAAUAGCAAGACAUUUACCUCUAAGUAAAAUUACCAUUUACUUAGAUAUAAUUCUGAAUUUAAUAAGCAGUGGGGGGAUUUCAAAGGAAAAGGGCCAUGUUUUGCUUACAAUGGGAGUCUGCAGUGAGGGAGAUGCUGGGAUGCCACGUUCAUGACUUUGUUACGCAAGCACAAAUUCCAUCUGUAGGUGGACUUCCUGGUUUUCCCUUACUGCAGUAAAACUGGCCUUCCCCUCCUUAUAAUUCCUUGCCCUCGCUGUGACAUCCAUUUGUGACCUCAGGAUGCCAGGUGGCCCUCACAGCACACUUUUCCAGAGAGCUGAAUGAGUUUUUCUUGUGGUGCCCAGCACUGUGACUGGGACUUUACACUGCCCUGAGCCCUGGCUUGUAGGCCUGUAGCAGCCACCAGGCCAAAAGAUGGGCUCUUGUUUGAGUUUAUGGCCACCUGUACUUAUGUACCUCCAGUUUGCAAUUUUUUGUCAUCUCAGGAUGGGGGGUGGGGGUGGGCAGAAUAGAAAAGUACUGAGACAGGUUUGGUUUUCAUUUUUCCAACCAAGUGGAGAGGCAAGUUGGUCUUACAGAAAGCACUACUGCACUUAGUGGCAACACGAUUUUGAGCAAACCAUGAAUCUCUCUAGAUCCGUUUUCUUAACUACAAAAUGAUGAUGUUGGACUAUCAAAGCUUGCCAUAGGAUGCAGGGGGAUUGAAAGUUAAUCCUUGCUUUCAUCACUACUUUUUCUAGCUCAUCACUGUGCCUUUUUUCUUUCCUAAGAAAGACACCACACCCCUCUCCUCUGUUCUCUCCUGUUCCUCCCUCCCCCAUCAAGGUCCAGGCAGAGCUGGAGAUGAGGCUGAGAUCCAGAGUUUCUAGAGGGCAACUCAUAAUGGCUUAGGAAGGGAAGCCUGAUUCUGGCCUCUUUAAUCCUGUAUUUAGUGACAAAGGGAAUUUGGUCAGGAUGAUUGACAUUGCUCUUGCUGGGAACACACAUUUAGCCAGUUUUCAUAAUGCCUAGAAUGUGUAUGUCUGUUUGCACAAGACUGUCUUUUCAUAUUUUGGAGUGGUCAGACAUUUUAUUUUUGUUCAAAAUUAUCUGGAGUUUUAGACAAACUUCCAAAACUGUGCUUUUAUUAAGUGACUUUUUGAAUAAACUUUGGUAUUCUGGAGCAAAUGUAUUUAUUUAUUGGUAUGUGCAAUGACAAACUUGGUAUUUUCCCAUGUUGACAUUAUGUAUGUUGUAGAAUUUAGUGUUUGUCUAAGUACAGACAUAUAUCAACAAAUUAAACUUGAAUUGUUUCAAAGUU